GCAACUUUCGCAGAAUCCACCUUAAAAUCUCUGCCUUAAACUGCACCAGCCCCCAAAAACUCCAAGGGGGGCAGGGGGGAGAGCUGAUCCCCUCCCCCUCCUCUCCAUCCCUCCCCUCCUCCCGUCGGGUUAGCGAGGCCCUGCUCACUGUAUCUCUGUAUUAAAUAUAUGUGUAUUAGAGACGAGCGAGGACAGGGGAGCCGCCUCCGCCCCCUCUUUUUAAAUUUUUUUUAUUUUUUUUGCAAGGAUCCCAAGAGCUAAGGUGGCUGCAGAGGGGAGAGCGGCGUGAGCCGAGUGGGGGAGGGCGGAGGAACCCCGGGAGAAGGCUCUCUCCAGCCCCCAAAGUUUUGAUGAUGACCAUGACUACGAUGGCUGACGGCUCGGAAGGCCAGGACGCGUCCAAAUCCGCCUUCAUGGAGUUCGGGCAGCAGCCGCCGCAGCAGCAGCAGCCGCCACCGCCGCCGCCGCCGCAGCCACAGCCGCACUCGCAGCAGAGCUCCCCGGCCAUGGCGGGCGCGCACUACCCGUUGCACUGCCUGCACUCGGCGGCGGCCGGCUCGCACCACCACCACCACCAGCACCACCACCACGGCUCGCCCUACGCGUCGGGCGGCGGCAACUCCUACAACCACCGCUCGCUCGCCGCCUACCCCUACGUGAGCCACUCGCAGCACAGCCCUUACCUCCAGUCCUACCACAACAGCAGCGCGGCCGCCCAGACGCGAGGGGACGACACAGAUCAACAGAAAACCACAGUGAUUGAAAACGGGGAAAUCAGGUUCAAUGGAAAAGGGAAAAAGAUUCGGAAGCCUCGGACCAUUUAUUCCAGCCUGCAGCUCCAGGCUUUAAACCAUCGCUUUCAGCAGACUCAGUACCUGGCCCUUCCCGAGAGAGCUGAACUGGCAGCUUCCUUAGGACUGACACAAACACAGGUGAAGAUAUGGUUUCAAAACAAACGCUCUAAGUUUAAGAAACUGCUGAAGCAGGGCAGUAACCCCCACGAGAGCGACCCUCUCCCUGGCUCAGCGGCCCUGUCACCACGCUCGCCGGCGCUGCCUCCGGUGUGGGACGUUUCUGCCUCUGCCAAGGGCGUCAGUAUGCCCCCCAACAGCUACAUGCCGGGCUAUUCGCAUUGGUACUCCUCUCCACACCAGGACACGAUGCAGAGACCACAGAUGAUGUGAGUUGUCUGAGGGCAAUCGAUACCCUAGGGAAACGUCUGGACAAGGCAAGGAAGAUCCGGGAUCUGCUCGCAUCUGCCAAACCCUGCCAACGGAGCAGGCUCGGGGAACUCUCAUGCGUGGCCAGACCGUUUGGGCGCUUGCUGGCUCUCUCUCGCUCUCCCUCUCUUGUCUCACUCGUCCCUUCCUUUUCUUUCCACCUUGCUUCCUCACAACCUUUCUUUUUUCCUGUCCUCUCCUCAUUUGCCUUUUCCCUUGAGCAGCCUCAGUAUUUGAUCUUGCAUCUUAGGGAGAGAGAAAAAAAGAGAGAGAGAAACUGGUUUCUAUGCCAGUGCUCCUGAAACCCCUCACUGUAAGGAUAUUUUUCCCUUAUCCUUUGGGAUCCAGGCUCUGAGCCUCUUCUUCUUUUUGGGAGUAUCCAUCAAAAUGACUUUUUAAACAAAGAUAUUUUUCCCCCACCAGAAGAAUAUGUGCAAACAUGGCAGCAUUUUUACUUGUUUAAUGAGCUUAAGACAUUACAUGAUGGAAGAGAAGAAUGUCGGAACUCCUGCGUUUUUAUUUACCAAUCUCAGACUGACAGAAAAAGAGAAAUAAAAACCCCUCAUCUAACAGCCCUUCUCUAAAGAAAAAGGAAGAAUCGGCUGUAAGAUUAGAACCUUGCUACAAAGGGAACGCUGCAUGUUUUAUCAAAAUGCAAUGAGCAAGAACGACGAUUUAAAAAAACAAAACAAAACCACUCUUUCCCCCACUGCACCCCCAAACCCUGAAGUGGAAAUCAGGAAAGACAGAGGAAACAACCAAAAUCAUCAUUCUAUUGCUUUGAUACCUUUACUAGGUGAAUUGGUGGCAUUCACUAAGCUAAUAGGGACGUUUAUAACAAGAAACAUUUCUGUAUAUAUUGUUGAAUUUUAGUUGUACAUAUACUUUGUAUGUUUUUGUCUUCUUUCAUAUAUGGAGUAAAAGCCACA